CCGAGUUAAAGUGCAACACUUUUGGACAGCAAAGUGUUAACAAAGAAGUUUCGAUUACAGCAUUUUGCGCGUUUCCUGCCACUCAGUGUGAAUCCAGUCAACACUUGAGACCUGUAUCUUUGCUCGGCCGCUUCGGAAAGUUACUUUUGUGAUUGGAUUUGGGUCAAAAGGAAGUUAUUGGAGCUAGUUCCGCCUUGCUUUUUUCCCCCCUGUGAUGGACAGCAGCGACAAGUGUCAAAAGUAAUCAGGGCUGAACCACAUACAGACAAACCGCGUCUCCUGUCGUCUGGAUCCACUGCCACACAAGUUAACCGAUUGCUAGAAAAGGUGUGCUGCAAUCACUUUGCUGCCAAGUUGUACAGCUGGAACCGGAAGUCACAGCUCAACUGCAAGUACACCGUUUCUGGGGAAGAUUUUAUUGAUCAAUGAUCUUCAGUACAAGAACUGCUGACUGCUGAGUUUUGGACACUGUGAUGGAAAAUCCUGAUGAUGAGGUUGACCUCCAACGGAGCACAACAGGGAGUGAAGAAGGAAACUCUGGUGGGGGAACGCCUCCAACCAAACGCAAAGGCAAGUUCUCCAAAAUGGGGAGGAUCUUCAAGCCCUGGAAAUGGAGAAAGAAGAAACCAAGUGAGAAGUUUACUGAGACAUCUAUAGCUUUGGAAAGAAAGAUUUCGGUUAGGAAAACUCGCCAAGAAUUGAUUGCAAGAGGGGUUCUAAAGGACAUCCCAGAGAAUGAGAGUAAUGAUGUGAACCAUUCCAAAGCUCCAAUGAAAAAUGGGCAUCCUGUGCCAAUGGAUGUAGACAGGGUGUCGGAAGCGGGGGUGCGAGUGUCUCGAGGGGAGUCUGACACCAAGGUGAGCUCCCUCAGGCCACCCCAGGGAGAUGAACGUCGAAACAGGGCACCAUCUGACGCUUCCCGAAGUAACCGGGCACCCUUGGACGUGGACACUCAUGCACGGCUCUCUGUGGAUGUGGACAAACGAAGCCGCCUGCCCUCAGAUAUUGAUAAAAGAGGGGGAUCUUUACCCCGAGGACCUCCACAAGAAGAUAGGUACCGCAGGGAAGAAAGAAGAGAUGGCAAAGAUGACAGGGAGGACAGAGGAAGGAAGGACAGGGAAGACCUGGAAAGAAGGGACUGGCGAGAUGAAAGGGAACGGGAUGGGGGAGCUGACCGGAGAGAGGACAGAGACUUUAGAGAAAGACGAGAAUGGAGAGAUGACAGGGAGAGGAGAGAUGAAAGGACUGACAGAGACAAUAGGGAACGGAGAGAUCGGGAUGGGAGGGAUCGGGAUGAGAGAGAUCGGAGGGAUCGAGAUGAGAGGGAAAGGAGGGAUCGGGAUGAGAGGGAAAGGAGGGAUCGAGACGAGAGAGAAAGGAGGGAUCGAGACGAGAGGGAAAGGAGGGAUCGAGACGAGAGGGAAAGGAGGGAUCGAGACGAGAGGGAAAGGAGGGAUCGAGACGAGAGGGAAAGGAGGGAUCGGGACGAGAGGGAACGGAGAGAAUGGGACGAGCGGGAAAGGAGGGAUCGGGACGAGCGGGAAAGGAAUGAUCCUGAUGAGAGAGAGCGCCGAGAUCGUGAUGACAGAGAACGGAGAGAUCGGGAUGAGAGGGAAAGGAGGGAGCGUGAUGAAAAAGAAAGGAGGGACGACAGGGACAGGAGAGAAGAUAGAGAUCGGUGGCAUGAGAGAGAAAGGAGAGACAACAGGGAUGACAGGAAAGAUGACAGAGAGAGAGAAGACAGGGAGAGGAAAGAUGUUCGAGCAGAAAGAGAUGAUCGAGAUAGGAGAGAUGACAGGGACAGACGAGAAGACAGAGAGAGGAGAGAGGACAGAGACAAAUUUGAUGACUGGGCCAAGAGAAAUGAAAGAGAGCGACGAGAUGAUCGGGAGAAGAAGGAAGAGAAGGAGAGGAGAGAGAGGCCAGGGCCUCAGCGUUCUGGGGAUGAGUCACGGCCUGCAGUCAGGCCUGUCUCCGAGAUGGACUUACGGCCUCCUCUACAGAAAAGCUCCUCGGAGGAAAACAAGAGGGCGCGACCUGCCUCCGAGGCUGACCGACGGACUACCCUGCCCAGAUACAGCCCAGCUACAGAGUUCAGAGAACGUUCUGAGUCUGCUGGUGUCCGCUUCGCCCCUGACCCUCACCCAACACAAGACUCACAGCAGGAACCUCCCCCACCCAAACAAGCUUUGCUCCCUCCCAAAUUCCUCACUAGUGCUUCCACUGAGUCAGGCAGGAGUCCAACCCCCUCUUCUUCUUCAUCCUCAUCCUCUUCUACCUCCUCCUCGUCCUCGUCUUCUGCUGCUGUAGCUAUAGCCAAGCCGCCGAGGACGGUCUCCCUAAUAGUAGACGAUCCUCCUCGGCUCUCCCCUGCUGCUGCCGCCUCAGCUGACUCCGACACACCGCCUCCUGUCCCUCCCCAUGCCAAGCAGCCACCUGUCCCUCCACCCAAACCCGCUAACCGCAACAGCAACCCUGCACUGCUUGCUUCCUCAUUGAACAGGGGCUCUAAGGUCAGGCAGCCUUGUUAUUGGACCGGCUGGAGAUGCCAGAGUGAGCUCGGCCUCUACCUUUCUCUACCUGUGUAUCUGCGCCACAGAGCUGGCCAGACGUGCUCAGCAGAGCUUUCGCAGCCUGGCAGUGGUAUCAUUGUAGUCCCAGCACCUGCUAAGCGUUCUCCACCAACCCCACCAAAGAGGAUGACCCCCGUCACCAAGCGUCACACUGUGGACCCGUCCCCUCCCAGUCAAGUUCCAGAGCCUUCCAGCACUGACCCUCCAGCUGCCCCUGUACUGGCGCCCCCUGCUGUCUCUAAAGGGGAUAACAGUGAGGACAGUACGAGCGCAGCAGUCCCUCAGGCCUCCGCUGAGCCUCUGCCUUUGCCGCCCUCCCACAUACCCCCAUCUCCUCCCAGGGUCCAGUCGCUGCAGCCGCCCAGCACCACUUCUUCUGUAUCGGUGCCCACCGUGCAAACUGAUCCCCCCAGCCCAACCACCGAGCCUCCCAGCCAACCGCCCGCCAUCCCUCUACACAUCCUGAUCCAGAGAGCCCUGGCCAGCCCUGGCCCAACUCAGCCCAACCCAGACGGCUCACAGAGGGCCCACUCACUACUGUUUGAGUCUCCUCCAGACUUCCUCAUAGAGGCGGGGGGAAACCCACGGCGUUCUCUUCCUGUCACCAUCGAACCUCUCAGACUGCCAGAAGACGAUGACUUUGACAUGGAGGAAGAGAUGAGGAAGCUUCAGCCUCCGAGGCCUCCCCGACAGCCUGAACUGGAGCCCCGCAGCAGGAGAGGUUUGAUUGGAGAUCCCAGAGUGAGCGUCAUCCCUGAGGGUGGAGGCCCCGGGGACAGCGAAGAGGAGUCCGACUCCGACGGCCCCAUCCUGUACAGAGACGACGAUGAUGAGGACGACGAAGAAGUCCCUUCAAGUGGGCUGGCGAGCCGCGUGAAGAGGAAGGACACAUUGGCCCUGAAGCUGGAGAGACAGGAGAGACAAGAGAGAGAAGAGAGGGAGGCUCAGGGGAACUACGACGGCAUGAGCUGGCACAACAAAGAGCAGUGGGAGGCAAUGAGGAACAGGAUCGGCACCACGCUCUCGAGGCGGCUGAGUCAGAGACCGACAGCAGAGGAGCUGGAGCAGAGGAACAUUCUUCAAGCCAAGAACGAAGCGGACCGACGACUAGAGAGAUGCGAGAUCAAACGGAGGCUCACCAGAAAGCUGUCUCAGAGACCCACAGUGGCUGAACUCCAGGCCAGGAAGAUCCUGCGUUUCCAUGAGUACGUCGAGUGCACGCAUGCCCACGACUACGACCGGCGAGCAGACAAACCGUGGACCAAGCUCACUCCUGCUGACAAGGCUGCCAUCCGCAAGGAGUUAAAUGAAUUCAAGAGUUCAGAGAUGGAGGUUCACGAAGACAGCAGGAUCUAUACCCGGUUCCAUCGGCCUUAGGUGUCCAUGUUGACCAGUAAAGCACUUAAACUGGGAGGCAUGUCCUCCACUCUGCCCACAGCGAAGCGAACACGUGGCCCCUUUGGUCCAUUCUCACCCACUGCUGGCUAACCUGCUCUAGCUGAAGACAGAGCUGACAAAUGGAACCAAAAACAAACGGCGUCGCAGAUCAGUUCAACCACCUCUAGUUCUCAAAUCAUGGAGUUCAAGACAGAAGGAGUUUGCUGAUGCAUCCAUGGUGGAGGUGCCCGGUGCCAACGAUAAAAGGGUGACCCCCACCGCUCUGGUGGGGGUGCUGAAAGACUUGGAAGGAGGGUUAUCACACUAUCUACUUUAGGGGAAACCACUCUCUAAUGCCUUUACCUGCUUUUAUGUAUGUGUAAAUAUAUAUGCUCCCUUCCUUGCAGAACAGAAAGACUAUGCACAUAAAGAUCUUUGCAGUUCAUAUCAGCACUGUUGACAAUACACUAAUCCAGUUCAAACACUGUGUAUAUGCAUAUACCCAAAGGUGCCCCACAGCACCUGCCUUAUUCCUCACAGGAACUAACUCAUGUACCUAAUUUAAGGCUCACAUUAAAUGUGAAAGACUUCCUGAACACCCAGUUGUAUUUGCUUGAAUCAGCUGAACUCAGUGCACUGAUUCCAAACCCUUAGAUCCUAAAGUGUGCAUUUUACUGUAUUCUGUUGAUCAUUUAGAUGAUUCACAUGGAGCACAUAUGACUAGAUUAGUUUCUCAUAAGGCACCUUAUGUUCCUGAAUUGGAUGUAUAGAAAAUUGACAAGUUUUGAGCCUCUAAUUCUGUUUAUAAUUGAGUUAUUCAAAGCAGGAAAAUGUACAUAUUUUUAUUUUCCUGGACAUUUUAUGGUACUUUAUAUAUGCAGGUCCAUUGCUGGCUGCGAUUGUGUAGAUCAGUUAUGUAGAUUUAAUUGACUUUAUAAUGUAAACUACUGACAUGUAAUGCUGACAUGUUUUAAUUGUAAAAUAUUUCUCGAUUAUUUUUUCCCAGUAGUAAUGGUACAGAAUAUUUUCUUUUUUUUUGAUACAGAGAGAUUUAAACUGUCUUUGCAAACACACUGAAUAACUGAACAAUCCACUCAGAAAUUAAAAUACAAUGUGAUUUUCAUUUCAA